AACAGUCCGAGCAGCUUUCAGAAUGACAGUCUGCAGAAGUGAGCUGAGCGUGUGUGCGGUACGGGGCUCUCCUGCCUUCUGGGUUCCAACGCAGCUCUGUGGCUGAACUGAACUGGGUGCUCGUCACCAGAAAUGCCGGGCUAUGGAAUACAGAUGUGGCAGCUCAGGUAGCCUCACAUUGCCUGGAGGAAUAUAUCAUGUUCUCCGUUAAGAAGAAAUUGUAGAAGCCAGUUUUUUGUUUUUUUUUUAACCCCCCCCAAAAAAAAACCUGUAAAGAUGCAAAAACGUAAUAUCCAUGAAGAUCCUAUUACCUAGGAAGAUUUUGAGGUUUUGCUGCGAAUGCGGUGUUGGGAUUUAUUUGUUCUUGGAGUGUUCUGCGUGGCUGGCAAAGAAUAAUGUUCCAAAAUCGGUCCAUCUCCCAAGGGGUCCAAUUUUUCUUCCUGGGUGUCAGCAAGCCCUGACUCACUACAGUGCAGCUGACAGGGGCUGUCAUGCAAGUGGCCCCUUAAGCCAAAGCAAAAGACCUAAGGACGACCUUUGAACAAUACAAAGGAUGGGUUUCAAUGUAAUUAGGCUACUGAGCGGAUCAGCUGUAGCACUGGUUAUAGCCCCCACUGUCUUACUGACAAUGCUCUCUUCUGCCGAACGAGGAUGCCCCAAGGGCUGUCGGUGUGAAGGCAAAAUGGUAUAUUGUGAAUCUCAGAAAUUACAGGAGAUACCCUCAAGUAUAUCUGCUGGUUGCUUAGGUUUGUCCCUUCGCUAUAACAGCCUUCAAAAACUCAAGUAUAAUCAAUUCAAAGGGCUCAACCAGCUCACCUGGCUGUACCUUGACCAUAACCAUAUCAGCAAUAUUGACGAGAAUGCUUUUAAUGGAAUCCGCAGACUCAAAGAGUUGAUCCUGAGUUCCAACAGGAUCUCCUAUUUUCUCAACAAUACCUUCAGACCGGUGACAAAUUUACGGAACUUGGACCUGUCCUAUAAUCAGCUGCAUUCCCUGGGAUCUGAACAGUUUCGGGGCUUAAGAAAGCUGCUGAGUUUACAUUUACGGUCUAACUCCCUGCGAACCAUUCCAGUGCGAAUAUUCCAAGACUGCCGCAACCUGGAACUUUUGGACCUGGGCUAUAACCGGAUCCGAAGUUUAGCCAGGAAUGUCUUUGCUGGCAUGAUCAGACUCAAAGAACUUCACCUGGAGCACAAUCAAUUUUCGAAGCUCAAUCUGGCCCUUUUUCCUAGGUUGGUGAGCCUUCAGAACCUUUACUUGCAGUGGAAUAAAAUCAGUGUCAUAGGACAGACCAUGUCCUGGACCUGGAGCUCAUUACAAAGGCUUGAUUUAUCAGGCAAUGAGAUCGAAGCUUUUAGUGGACCUAGUGUUUUCCAGUGUGUCCCGAAUCUGCAGCGCCUCAACCUGGAUUCCAACAAGCUCACAUUUAUUGGUCAAGAGAUUCUGGAUUCUUGGAUAUCUCUCAAUGACAUCAGUCUCGCUGGGAAUAUAUGGGAAUGCAGCAGGAAUAUCUGUUCCCUGGUCAACUGGCUGAAAAGUUUUAAAGGACUGAGGGAGAAUACAAUCAUCUGUGCCAGUCCCAAAGAGCUGCAAGGAGUCAAUGUGAUCGAUGCAGUAAAGAACUACAGCAUCUGUGGCAAAAGUACCACGGAGAGGUUUGACCUGGCCAGGGCCCUCCCCAAGCCCACAUUUAAGCCCAAGCUCCCCAGGCCGAAGCAUGAAAGCAAGCCCCCUCUGCCCCCCACAGUGGGAGCCACAGAGCCUGGGCCAGAGACAGAUGCUGACGCCGAGCACAUCUCUUUCCAUAAAAUCAUCGCAGGGAGUGUGGCCCUUUUCCUGUCUGUGCUCGUCAUCCUGCUCGUUAUCUACGUGUCCUGGAAGCGGUACCCUGCCAGCAUGAAGCAGCUGCAGCAGCGCUCCCUCAUGCGAAGGCACAGGAAAAAGAAAAGGCAGUCCCUAAAGCAAAUGACUCCCAGCACCCAGGAAUUUUAUGUAGAUUAUAAACCCACCAACACGGAGACCAGCGAGAUGCUGCUGAAUGGGACGGGACCCUGCACCUAUAACAAAUCAGGCUCCAGGGAGUGUGAGAUACCUUUAUCAAUGAAUGUGUCAACUUUUCUGGCAUACGACCAGCCCACAAUAAGUUACUGUGGGGUGCAUCAUGAACUUCUCUCUCAUAAGUCCUUUGAAACGAAUGCACAGGAAGAUACGAUGGAAACACACCUAGAGACUGAGCUGGACCUGAGCACAAUCACAACAGCUGGCCGAAUCAGUGACCAUAAACAGCAGCUGGCUUAAUUGAGCUAAUUGGUAACCAAGGGUUGCCACCAAACUUUGUAACCUCAAGGACAAAAUGAGGAAGAUUUGUUCAUUGUGGACUCUAAAAACAAAACAAAUCCCCUGUUAAAAUAAACAAAAAUCCAAGAUUGAUUCAUGAAAUAAAGAAGACAUGAAUUGUUUCAAGUCUACACUUUGUAAUUAGCUAAGUUGUGCAGUAUUUUUUUGACCUAAACAGAGAAUGACACUGAAAAAAAAAAUCUUUUUUUUCUCAAAACUCAUCCUACCUACCUGUAAAAACUGUACAGAGCUAAUGUAUUUUUCAUAUUGUAAAGUUUCAAUUAUAGAAACAACUGGUAUGUACAGUACCAUAAUUUAAUUACAUUUUACUUUACAAACUUUACACAUUUCAGUUUCUAAAAUUUUAAAUUAACAAUAAUUAUUUCUUGUGUUAUUCAGAGUUACUCAGUUUUGUAGGGACUGUUUUGUUACUGCUUUUGUGCCCAGAAACCUUGAUUCUAAAAUUCUGUGCUGUGAGAAACAUGCACGAUUUUUAUCAUGCUUACUGCGUAGAAUUUUAUCUACUUGUUCCAGAAAUAAUACAUUAACCAAAAAUGGUUUAAUUGUUGAGACUUAUAAGAAGUUCUUCAAUUACAUAGACAGGUUUUUCUUAUAAAUGAAAAAAAAUCAAAGUUUUUUUUUAACACUUCUCAGACUUAACUGUUGCCUUGAAUUACAGCCUAGUUUCUAAGCAGUGAAAUGUAAUGAUAAAGAGGGAUAUUUUAACAACAUAUUUUCGAAUGAAUGACUCAUUAUUUCAUUCUUUUGAGUAACCCAUUGUUAAGGGUGGGGGGAAGCAUGGACAAAACAUCACUGGAAACAAAGGCCGUAACCACAGCAACAGACUUUGACACACUUAAAAGGUGCAGCUGCCAGUGACAAAGAAAAACUUGUUACAUUAUUUCGGGCCAAGGUGGGAGGAUAAAGCAUAAUAAUUGUACAGCAGCAAUUUUUCUCUUAAUUAACUCAAAGUGGUUUACCUGAGAAUAACCAUCAGUCAGUGCAAAAUGCGCCUGGUUUUUAAGACAAUUUCUCAUAUAGAAGAGUGAGGCUAUAUUUUAGGACCAUCUCAGAGGGAAUAUAAAAUUGUCACUUUGUGUGCUAUGUCAGUUUUCUCCUGGGAGAGAACUCUAAACAUCUAUAGCUCAUUCAAAAUAGAUAGGAGCCAUGUGGAGAAAUUCAUCACUGGACUAAACUGUAAACAUCCCUAAUAUGUUCUGGAUUGUUUAUAUUGCUAUUCAUAAUGAGAUUCACCUCCAAAUUAUCUGAAAAAUAACCCAGAGUAAUUUGAAACCCACUCCGGAUCAUACAUUGAUUAUCCAAUUGUAUUAUGAAGUUAAUUCCAUCACAUUUUGAAAACCUGACUUUUCAUAAGCUGAAAUAAUCAUCUUGUUUCUGUUGUUUGCUUGACACAGGUGAUUGUUGAAAAUACUGUUAUUUUAUCUAU